AUGGCCUACCGGACAUCUGCAGAACCAGUCCCGUCCACCCUGGCGGCACAGCUGGCACCACGUCUCUCAUCCCAAGGAAGCCAAGUUCAUCAUCUAACUAGGGAAGCCUUCGCUCAGCUCCGGCAGGAACUUUUGGAUGGCAAAUUCAGUCAAUUAAGCCUUGACGACAGCGCCACUGAUGUUAGCCGGCUAAUAUGUAUCGUGCUCAAGGCCGGCUUGGAGCCGUGUAUGAAGGAUGAAACCCCGAAGAAGGGAGACCUGAAUAACCAAUUGUCGGAUUGCUUGGACAUCAUCCAAACAACAAUUGAGAAAGCGCCCCAUACUUUGACGGAUGUUCCUGAUCCAGAAAUCCUCGGGGAAAAGGCUCCCGCUCCGCUAUACGUUUGGCUCGUCGUCCGGCUUCUUCAACUCUCUUGUGUUCAAUGCAAUGGAAUCGUGGAAGAGAAAGUUGCUGGCAUUUUCUUGACUAUAGUUCGUUCCCAAUAUAAACACACCAAGCUAUGGUCCACUUGUCAUGCCAUUCCCACCUUCUUACGGGCUUGCGCGACCGACAUCAUAUUUUCUCUCGAACGCUUCAAUAUCCACAAGCAAUGGGACGUGUCUCUUCCUGCACCCGAAGGGCCUCUUUCCGUGGCACUAGGCAGACUCGGCCUCCCUUCCACGCUGCUGAAGAAAAGAAUCAAGCUUGGAUCAAUCGGCAAAGCUGUUCUGUUGACUCUCAAGCUUCUUGACUCGUUCACAACGCAGGCGUCUGCUCCUGAUAUAGGAUUUAGCGUCCGGCAGAACCUUGCUUGGAUCUUUAACGGUUAUCAGCGCCUUUGGGGUGUCUUUUCAAGUUGGUUCCGGAGACCCAGCUUAGACAUCAUUGAGUCUAAAGUCGAAAUCUGCUCGCGCUUCUUGACGUCGGUACGAACCUUCUGCUUUCGCGAAACAUCAUUUGCAAUGGAGAUAGCAUACGAUUUCCCUCAAAUGCUAGGCGACAUACUGUCUUCAGGCCUUCUGGACCAUUCUCAAUCUCUUCAACUAGAGCUGUGUCGGUUCAUUGACGACAUCACCAAUCUAACGGAUUGCACCAAGUCUAUCAGAGGACUCUUCCUGCCAUUAACCGAGGCAAUGAAGAAAGCUACUUUCAAGGCACUCGAGCCGCAUCUACAGGUCGCGAUUCACAGUGCUCUUGCCAAGACGGUGCGGACGUGUGCGACCGAUCUGUCCGACCAUGGCGUCAAAACAAUGCUUGAUUCUUUUGCUUGUAGCCAAGGGCUGGCGGUGUCAGCUCAAGAGGCUGAUGAUGAUGAUUCUGAGCGAGAACGGAAGCGCCGGUGUCUCCCUCGGCCGAAGCCGCAAAGCAGGCCAGACGCAAUUCAACAGCUCGUCUCGAGGCUACUGGAUAUUCUGCGCUAUGAAGGCCCAUCGGACUUGGAAACUCUUACGUUUGCGGUCUUCAAGUCUUUCCCUGCAGUCCUUGAGCAAGAUAAACAGGAAUUUUUAGAUAAAGUAGGCCGUCUACCCUGUGCAUUCGCGGGGAGUUUGUCGACGGCGGUCCAAAGCAAAUCCCUGCAGAAACAUCUUUGUCAUAUCUGCGACGAAGAACAUCACGGCGAAACUCAGUUUAAUGGGCAAAUUAAUGAAAGCAAUCAAUUAUGCCAGAUACUGGCAUUCAUUAUUCCUAGGAUCCCGCGUUCCUCAAUCAUCAGAGUGACCACUAUGGCUACAUUGAAACGAAUUUCAAUGCACACCUCGAACCCCACGCAUCUUCAACUCUCAAAUUCUAUCUCCGGUGAUUUUCUUCUCGGUUCGCUUCGAAGCUCUGUGCGAGAGCUUCGAGUCGUCGCUGGGUUUUCGAAUGAUGAAGAAAUGAAUAUAAUCCUUCUUCGCCUCGUAGAAUACCUGGGCCAUCCAAAUCCGUUUACCUGCGGGAUAGCCUACAGCGAAAUGUCAAAGCUUGCGCAGCAGUUUGCCGUCACACCAGCGGGCUUGUUUCGUCCUUUCUGGAGGACGCUUGCCGUGACUGUCGCAAAAAAUCUGCAAUCUCGUCCUUACAUGGCGGAACAGCUUUGCGACCUGCUCGGGAUGACAGUUGACGAUUUCUUAAGGCUAACAGAGGUCUAUGUCCUACCUCAUCUAGUGCUCUGGCGUAAGAAAGAAGUUAUUGCGCGUAUUGGAGGGACCUACAAAAAUGCCAAGAGCCCCUUUGAUAUAUGCUCAGAAAAGGACAACCUCGCGGCAAUACUGGCAUUUUUAUUGUGUCAGUCCUCCUCGGAUCCUCAGAAAAUGAUCAUGGCCACGUUGUCUGCUGUGGACUCUGCUUUCGAUGGCCGUACUCUAGCAGAGCUGGUUAGGAUUGAGCCAAUUUUGAUUGCCUGCGACCUCUUAAAAGGUCUUGGUGAUGUUGGGGAAGAAAAGGGAGCGAAAUUCCAAGAAGCGCUACGUAUUCUAUCAACUCUCGUGCCGCGCAAAUCAACGCAUGCGUCAAGAAAGUCCAAUUUGGUGGGUCAUUUCAUCGAGGAGCAUGUCCUUGGCAUAAUCACACAGUUCGCGCACGCCAUCAAUGAUUUUCAGAUUAGACAGCCGCUCGUUGAGAAAAAAAGGAAUAUCAUGGCUAUUGGGGCGAUGAUCAAGGUUGCUCCCGGGCAUGUGACCAGUGCCCUGCCGCAGAUAUGUGCUUGUUUGCGGUCCGCAUUGGAAAUUCGAGAACUAUGCAAUAAUUCCUUCAUGGUAUGGGGCACAUUAGUGAGCUCUUUGCAUGAAGAAGAAGUCGAGCCUCUUCUCGAUCAAACGCUCUCUAUCGUGAUCAAACAUUGGGCCAACUUUACGGAAGAAACUAGAAACUUUGCUUAUCAACUUGUUGAGCACAUCUCAAAGACUCACAGUGAGCUCCUACAAGAUAUCUUCGCUACCAUGCCUUCCUUGGCCUCGAUACCUGUGCUCUCUGUAUUUGAGGCGCAAUUUAACGAACUGAAAGGCACACUAGAUGUUCGGAGUCAAUUCAUGGCUUUUGCCCGUCGGUGCAUCAGCGAAAAUGCCACUGUAGUUGAACAAGCUUUGACAGAGCUUGUCUUGUAUCUUGGGGAACACGAGGACUUCGUUCACAGGUCUGUUCUGAGCGAGCAACCAGAUCCGGCUGUAGCGCAUCUGGUGAGGUCUUUACUCGACUGCUGUGUGAAAUUUAACACUACAUCAGAACCUAUUACAUUGCUUUCAGCUCGCUGCCUUGGCUCUAUCGGCUGUCUGGAUCCGAAUCGAGUUGACACGAUCAAAGAGAAAAAGGCGAUCCUUGUUUUGUCAAACUUUGAUAAAAUGGAGGAGACGUUUGACUUUGUGCUCUUUUUCUUCCAGCAUGUGCUAGUCGACGCCUUCCUAUCGGCGUCUAACACUAGGGCUCAGGGGUUUUUAGCUUAUGCUAUGCAAAAUCUGUUGAUGUUCUGCAACCUCAAUACAGCGAUCACGCAACGUUCGCGCGGCGUUCAAGCUGACGAAAAGUAUCAGCGAUGGUUGGGGCUUCCUGAGGCCGUCCGCAACACUCUGACGCCCUUCCUGACGUCAAGAUAUACCGUUACCAUCAAGGCAGCCACUUCCAAGUGCUCAUUCCCGUUGUUUGCACCUGGUAUGAGCCAUGCCGAUUGGCUACGAGGCUUUGUGCAAGGUCUGCUGCAAACUGGAAACGGGAAUAACGCGAAGACUGUGUUUAGCAUUUGCAGUCGUAUCAUCAAGGGACAAGAUAUCUCCAUAGCAUCUUUUCUUUUUCCAUUUGCCGUUCUGCACCGUGUGGUUGGAGGAACUGAGAGGGAAAAAAAUGAGCUGCAAGGGGAGCUCUUGAAUAUCCUCUCUCAUCCUCUUUCUGAAAGUAGGGAUGAUGUGCACGAAGCGGUCUUGUUAUGCAGCCAGAGUGUGUUUGAGGUGUUGGACUACCUUUCGAGAUGGGUGCAGGGGAAGAAAAAGCAAUUGAAUGGUCUAAAAAGUCGCAAUCACCACAAGACCUCCAAGGAAAGUGACCGGGAUUUGUUGAUUGACUCUUACGCUGCUCAGACCAAAGCAGUGGAAUCUCUUUUGAGCUCCAUACCGCCAGAAGUGAUCUCGAAGCGAGCUGUGGAGUGCAAGUCUUUCUCUAGAGCGCUAUUUCAUUGGGAGCAGUAUAUUCGCCAAUUUACGGCUCGCCUUCAAACACAAAAGUCUAGCAGUCUAGAGCCUCUCUAUGAACACCUCCAGGGCAUCUACAGUCAAAUCGACGAGCCAGAUGGAAUUGAGGGUAUCUCAACCCACCUCCAUGUUCUAGACAUUGAUCAACAGGUGCUUGAGCAUCGAAAGGCGGGGAGAUGGGCCACUGCACAAAGUUGGUAUGAAUUACAACUGGAAAGGGAACCCGGUAAUCUUGAUGCCCAGUGGAACCUGUUUACCUGCUUGAAAGAAUCUGGACAACAAGAUGCAAUUCUCACGCGUUUUGAGAUUCUCAAGAAGACAGAAUCUGUUCCCAAAUUCCUCCCCUUCGCGGUGGAGGCGUCGUGGAUGACAGGUAAAUGGGAGAAAAUGCACAGUUUCCUCGAACUUUGUGCGCAAAAAACAACCGCAGACUUUAACAUAGGCAUUGGCUUAGCUUUGGAUGCCUUCCGUCGAGGCAACCCUCAGCAAUUUGGCGAAAUUGUAAAUGGGUUACGGUUGAGUGUCGCUAGGUCCCUCACUACUAACUCUGCCACGUCCUUACAAUCCUGUCAUGAUAGCAUGCUCAAGUUGCACGCUCUGACAGAGAUAGAGUCUGUUGUCCUACACCCACACCCUGACUUGCGGGAUGCUUUAGAUCGUCGCUUAGAUGUACUAGGAGGAUACCUGUCUGACAAGCAGUAUCUUCUUGGAUUGAGGAGAGCUGCUAUGGAAUUGACUGGCAAAUUUGCGGAUUCUGAUAUAGCCGCUGCAUGGCUGACCAGUGCUCGGUUGCUGAGAAGAGGCAAUUUUGGCAAUCAAGCAUAUCAGUCAAUGCUCAAUGCUGCUCAUCUGAAGGAUCGCUCCGCCACCAUUGAACAUGCUCGACUACUCUGGAAAGACGGUCAUCACCGGAAAGCCAUACAGAUUUUAGAGGGGGCGAUAGCUGCAAAUGAAUUUGCCUCCACCACAUCGAAUUCUGACAAUCCAGAUCCACAACCUGCUGCUUCUGCCCAUGAGAAACACCAAAAUCUACUUGCCGCCAGGGCGCAUCUGUUGUUAGCAAAAUGGACUGAUAGAGCAGGACAAACACAAUCAGAUAUAAUAGUACAAAGAUAUCGUGAGGCUAUCAAGCUCCAUACCAGAUGGGAGAAGGCUCAUUAUUAUCUUGGCAAACAUUACAACAAAAUCUUGGAUUCGGAGAAGUUGAAGCCGCUGGGGAAGGAAGCACAAAUCUACUUGAGUGGUGAGGCAUCGAAACUUGUCGUUGACAAUUACCUUCGAUCAUUGGCACAUGGCAGCAAAUAUGUUUUCCAGUCAUUGCCAAAAGUCCUGACCCUCUGGCUGGAACACGCGUCAACUAUUGAGCAACCGCUUGAUCCGAAAAGGGGUGACAACGCGGACUUCCAAGCGUAUACUCUAAACCAACGAAAGAAGAGUCUAGACGACAUGCACUCGCAGCUAAGAAAAUAUGUGAACAGAAUCCCAGUUGCAUCGCUCUUCACGAUCUUGUCUCAAGUUGUUGCGCGAAUAUGCCAUCCAAACCCCACUGUUUAUAACCUAUUAACCAAGAUUGUGGCGAAAGUAGUAAACGCUUUCCCUCAGCAAGGGCUAUGGACUGUUCUCGCAGUAGCCAAGUCAUCGUCCGCAGAACGAGCCUUAAGGGGUCUCACUUGCCUCAAUAAAAUUACCGAGAUCAACAAGAAGUUAAAAACAGAGACAACCUCUGAUGUUCGCGGAAUGAUAAAUCAAGGGCAAAGGUUUUCAGAUGAGCUGUUGCAAUUAUGUGUGGCAAAGAUUGAGAACAAGACCUCCCGAAUCAACCUUGCACGACACCUCAACUUCAAUCAUAGAGUAGCCCCGUGCCGACUUGUCGUUCCCUUCCAGGCGAUGCUUACUCCAAUCUUACCAGCCAGCCAUGAUCUCGACUACCUAAAAAAUUUCAGGGCUUUUCCUCGGGACUCCACGACUAUUGAAGCCAUCCUUGACGAUGCCCAAAUUCUCAACUCUCUCCAAAAACCUCGAAGGAUCGGCAUCUUGGGCUCGGACGGGAAAAUCUACAAUAUCCUAUGUAAACCGAAGGACGACCUCCGAAAAGAUCAACGCCUGAUGGAGUUCAACAACAUGAUAAACAGAUUCUUGAAAAAGGACGUAGAAUCCAGCAAGCGACGCAUGUAUAUUAAAACGUAUGCUGUUACGCCGUUGAACGAGGAAUGUGGACUUAUCGAGUGGGUGGACAAUCUCAGAACCUUGAGGGACUUGAUCACGAAGUCACUUAAGGAGAGGGGCAUAGCGCCAAAUUAUGAGGAAAUCCGACAACAUCUCAACGAGGCUUGCUCGGAUCCAUCAAAAGUGUCAAUAUUCACGGAUAAGAUUCUAGCAAGCUUUCCUCCUGUUUUACACGAGUGGUUUGUGGAGGUUUUCCCCGAGACUGGAGCAUGGUUUGCAGCGAGGCUUCGCUACACUCGGUCCUGUGCUGUCAUGUCAAUGGUUGGAUAUGUCCUGGGCCUAGGGGACCGCCACGGUGAGAAUAUACUCUUUGAGGAAGGCACUGGUGGUGUCCUACAUGUUGACUUCAAUUGUCUCUUUGACAAGGGUUUGACCUUUGAUAAGCCGGAGUUGGUGCCGUUUCGACUCACGCAAAAUAUGAUUGACGCUUUCGGUGCUUACGGGUAUAAUGGUCCAUUCCGGAAAACGUGCGAACUAAGCCUGGAUCUUCUAAGACAGAAUGAAGACGCUCUCAUGACUAUACUUGAGACAUUCUUACAUGACCCCACGACAGAUUUUAUUGGCAAGAAGCGCCGAACCCAUGCGAAUGUACCGGAUACCCCUGCUGGCGUCCUAGAAAAUGUUCGCAACAAGCUCCGAGGGCUUCUUCCCGGUGAAUCAGUUCCAUUGUCGGUGGAUGGUCAUGUCGAUGAACUGAUCAUGCAAGCAACCAAUGUACGUAAUCUUGCGGCCAUGUACAUUGGUUGGUGUGCUUUCUUUUAG